AUGGUUCGAUUCUCCCUCCUGCGCAUUUAUUUUGAAGUGAGUCGCUUGAUAGGACUAUGCAAUCUACACUACGAUUCCCGGAAUAAUCGAUUUAUCCUCAACCAUGUCCCCACUGUGAUUUACUGCCUCCUUCUGAAUGUGGCCUAUCUUCUGAUCCUGCCAUUUGCCUUGGCCGUCCUAACUGGCAAUGUCUACGGUUGCAAAACUAUGGGAAUGUUCGGAGUGCUUUAUAAUGUGGUGGCUCUGACCAAACUCCUGACCAUGCUGCUCCUAAUGUCCAGUAUUUGGAUAAAGAGGCGUCGGUUUCAGCAGUUGGGAAAUGAUCUGAUAAAAAUGCUGCACAAAUUUCGCUUUGCUAUUAAAAGCGAUUGCAGAAAGAGAUGUAUGUGCAAAGUAUUGCUGACCAGUUCCCGGUUUGUGAUCCUCACGCAGCAGCUCCUGACCCGAGACUCCUUGGUCCAUUGUGACAAUGACUCCAGUUUCAGGAGAGCUAUGGUUCCGUACCAUAUGGCUUCCGUGGUGUACGCUUUAAUCUUGAUUCUACUAAUGAGCUAUGUGGACUUGACGGUCUACAUCAUCCAGGUGGCCGGCAACUGGCUGCUGGUAAACAUGGCCAAGAGUGUCCAGGAAAUGAUCCAGGAUCUGGAGGUGUUGCCCGAACGAAUGGGCGUUCCCCGAGAGAUGGGGCUGAGGCAAGUCCUUCCCGCCUGGCGAAAGCUUUGGAAGCACUGCCUCCAUUUGGACGAGGUUCUGAAGCACAUUGUUGAUAUCUUCCAGUGGCAGCUACUCUUCAAUCUGCUAACCACUUAUAUUGUCAAUAUAGCCAUUUUGUUUCGACUGUGGAUUUACCUUGAGUUCGACACAACUUUUCAUAUAUGGAAGGGCAUCUUGUAUGUUGUUCUGUUUCUCACUCAUCACGCCGAGAUCAUAAUGCAGUUUUCCAUUUUUGAGAUCAAUCGCUGGAAGUGGAUGGAGCUCCGUGAUCUUUUGGUAAAACUAUGGGAUGUCAAUUAUUCGGCCAUCCAAUAUAGAAACAGUCAGGGAUUGAUCCUCUCCAGACAGUUAGAGUUCUCAAUCUUGUAUCUCAACCGGAAACUUCAACUGAAUCCAAAUCGUGUGAGACGCCUUCACAUCGUAGGAUUUUUCGACCUAAGUAACUCAUCGGUUCAUCGAAUGUCCAGAAACAUAAUCACCAAUGUUUUGGUUCUUUGUCAGAUUGCCUACAAAAUAUAUGGUUAA